AUGGUCUCUACCUCGUCCCUCGUCAUUCACCGAUUGAGCUCUCCGCCAGCAUCAAAGCCGUCUGCUCACACGCAAUCUGCUUUUUGUCUAGACCAAACCGUUGCCGAGGAUCCCCGCAAGAACAAAUGUCGUAAACCGAACCGUCGAGUCACCUUCUCAAACAACGUCGACAUGAUAUCUUCGUCAUUUCUGCCCACCCGCUUCCGCGGCGAGCCUGACCGCUCCGCAAUCUCCCCCGCCCCUUCGCCGGUUGGCAAGAAGAUUACCCCCUUGCUGCAGUUUCUGUCAAAAGUGGCAUGCUCGCAUCCUAUCCACACCGUGGUGGUCAUUGCCCUCUUGGCCAGCACGUCCUACGUUGGUUUGCUCCAGGGCAGCCUCCUUGAAGGUCGUGCAACCCUGGGAAAAGCCGACUGGUCAUCCCUGGUCGAUGGCAGCCGAGAUCUGCGCGCUGGACCCGACACCGCUUGGAAAUGGCUGCCGAGUGUCGAUCAAGCCGCCUCGGCCGCGGCCCGUGUUGAUCACUUGGCUCUUCUCACCUUUGUCUUCCCGGAUACGCUGUCAACCGACUCGCGCAGCUCCGCUCCCCGUUCGCAUGUCGUCCCGACGCCGCAGAACCUCUCAAUAACACCGCUCCCGGCGACCGAAAACUCCUUCACAACCUACACUCAGGACAGCAUCCUCGCCUACUCGAUUCCCUACGACCAGGCACCCGAGUUUGUCGCCGCCGCACAAGAGAUUCCCGACGAGGAUGCCCAAGAAACCACCACGCAUCAUGGGCGGGAAAAGAAGAAGUGGAUCAUGAAGGCUGCCAAGGUCAACUCCCGUACUUCUCUGGUCCAGUGGCUCAGCAACGCAUGGGUCGAGUUCAUCGACCUUUUGAAAAACGCCGAAACACUCGACAUCAUCAUCAUGGUUCUUGGCUACCUGUCCAUGCAUCUCACUUUUGUAUCUCUCUUCCUCUCCAUGAGGAGGAUGGGGUCCAACUUUUGGCUGGGCACGAGCACCCUGCUCUCUUCCUGCUUCGCAUUUCUCUUCGGCUUGGCCGUGACCACCAGGCUUGGCGUCCCGAUCAGCGUCAUCCUCUUGUCCGAGGGAUUGCCCUUUCUCGUCGUCACCAUUGGGUUUGAAAAAAACAUUGUGCUCACCCGAGCAGUGCUCAGCCACGCGGUCGAGCACCGUCGCACCCAGGGACGCGAUGGCAAGCCUGGCAAGGAGUCCGACGCCGGGAGCAAACCCCAAGGCAUAAUCUCCUAUGCCAUCCAGGCCGCCAUCAAGGAGAAGGGUUACGAGAUUCUUCGCGACUACGCCAUUGAAAUUCUGAUUCUAUCUCUCGGCGCGGCCUCGGGGGUCCAAGGCGGCCUGCAACAAUUCUGCUUCUUGGCCGCUUGGAUUCUCUUCUUUGACUGCAUCCUUCUCUUCACCUUUUAUACCGCGAUCCUGAGCAUCAAGCUCGAGAUCAACCGUAUCAAACGACACUACGACAUGCGCAUGGCACUGGAGGCUGAUGGCGUGAGCCGCCGCGUGGCCGAGAACGUGGCCAAGAGCAACGAUGACUGGUCCCAGACGGGUGGCUCCGGGUCCAAGAGCACGACGCUUUUUGGUCGCAUGCGAAGCAGUAGCGUCCCCAAAUUCAAGGUGCUCAUGAUUUCUGGGUUCGUCCUCAUCAACGCCAUCAACAUCUGCACGAUUCCUUUCCGCAGCGCGUCAUCGCUCUCCACGAUUCGGUCAUGGGCCGCCGGGCUCGGCGGGGUGGUGUCGACUCCUCCGGUCGAUCCCAGCAAAGUUGCCUCCAGGGGCCUCGACGCCAUUCUGGCCGCGGCCAAGGCCAGCGGCAAGGCGACCUGGGUCACUGUGCUGACUCCCAUCAAGUAUGAGCUCGAGUAUCCUUCUGUCCAUUAUGCUCUGACAUCGUCCAUUGGCGACGCCGGGGCGGGAUCAGGCGACUUGAGUGCGCAAUUCGACAACUACGGCGUUGGCGGACGGAUGGUGGGCAGCCUCUUCAAGAGCCUGGAGGACCCCAUGCUGUCCAGGUGGAUUAUCGUUGCUCUCGCGCUAAGCGUCGGUCUCAACGGGUAUCUGUUCAACGUGGCACGCUGGAGCAUCAAGGAUCCCAAUGUCCCCGACCACGGCAUUGACCGCAACGAACUCGCCCGUGCGCAGAGAUUCAACGACACCGAAUCUGCCACCUUGCCUUUGGGCGAAUUCGCCCCUCCUACACCUGUGCGCACCGAGCCCGUUACUCCUGCUUUGACGGAUGACGAAGGGGAGGGUCUUCAAAUGACGCGAACGAAACCCACCAGAUCCCCUUAUCCGUCGGAGCAUCGGUCAGUCGAGGAACUCGAGAGGCUGGUGACGGAGAAGCGAACUCACGAGCUCAAUGACGAGGAGGUUGUGACCAUGUCGAUGCGCGGGAAAAUCCCCGGCUACGCUCUCGAAAAGGCACUCAAGGAUUUCACUCGCGCCGUCAAGAUUCGCCGCACCAUCAUUGCUCGCAACAAGGCCACCUCGGAGCUCACCAACGGACUGGAUCAAUCCAAGCUCCCGUUUGAGAACUACAACUGGGAACGGGUCUUUGGUGCCUGCUGCGAGAACGUGAUUGGCUACCUGCCCCUUCCUGUAGGCGUGGCUGGCCCUCUCGUCAUCGACGGACAGAGCUACUUCAUCCCCAUGGCCACCACCGAAGGCGUCCUCGUUGCCAGCACCAGCCGUGGCUGCAAAGCCAUCAACUCGGGAGGCGGUGCCAUUACCGUGCUGACCAGCGACGGAAUGACCCGCGGACCCUGCGUGAGCUUCGAAACGUUGGAACGUGCCGGUGCCGCCAAGCUGUGGCUGGAUUCCGAGGCUGGGCAGAACACCAUGAAGAAGGCCUUCAACUCGACCAGUCGAUUUGCUCGUCUGCAGCACAUGAAGACUGCGUUGGCCGGGACGAACCUGUACAUCCGGUUCAAGACGACUACGGGUGACGCCAUGGGCAUGAACAUGAUCUCCAAGGGAGUCGAGCAUGCGCUCAACGUCAUGGCUACCGAGGGCGGCUUCCACGACAUGAACAUUGUCACCGUGUCUGGCAAUUUCUGCAUCGACAAGAAGCCCGCCGCCAUGAACUGGAUCGACGGUCGCGGCAAGGGCAUUGUCGCCGAGGCCAUUAUUCCUGGCGACGUUGUCAAGUCGGUCCUGAAGAGCAACGUGGAUGCGCUGGUGGAGCUCAACAUUGCCAAGAACCUGAUCGGGUCUGCCAUGGCCGGCUCGAUUGGCGGUUUCAACGCCCACGCCGCCAACAUUGUAGCUGCUAUUUUCCUGGCCACGGGUCAAGACCCUGCGCAGGUGGUUGAAAGUUGCAACUGCAUCACCACAAUGAAGAAUCUCCACGGAUCCCUCCAGAUUGCCGUCUCCAUGCCGUCGCUCGAGGUUGGAACUCUUGGCGGCGGUACGAUACUGGAACCGCAGAGUGCCAUGCUCGACAUGCUUGGCGUACGCGGUUCUCACCCGACCAACCCCGGAGAUAAUGCUCGACGACUCGCUCGUAUCAUUGGAGCUUCCGUUCUCGCCGGAGAAUUGUCACUCUGCAGCGCCUUGCAAGCGGGCCACCUGGUCAAGGCUCACAUGCAGCACAACAGAAGCGCAGCCCCGUCGCGCACCAGCACGCCGGCUCCCUCCCCCAUGACACCCGUCUCCCUGGCCAUGACCAGUGCCCAAGAAAAGUGCAACAUGAGCGCUGCAGCUCAGCAACGAUCCAAGCGAUGA